GCGUGGCUAUGGCGUAACGAGCAACUGCCGGUUACCGUUUACUCUAGCAUUGCCGUUCGAUUCCAACCGCCAUCGAAACGACCUCGCCUGCCAUCCAAUCAAGUAGGACCACGUGUCUACUUCUCAUUGGAGCAGCUGUAACAGCAUCAGCCUGUAUAAAUCCCCGCGAGGCUGUCUACCGCCUCCCAUUCCUUUCGUUUUCUUGUUCGAACGCAAAACAAAAGCUCCUCAGUCUGUACUCAUUUCCAGUGCUUAGAGAGAGAGUGAGAGGGAGAUUCAUGGAGGGUUUUGCAGCAGUCCAACAAGCCACGGCCAUGGAAGCAGCGAAGACCAAGCUUGGCAAGACUGAUUCUCAUAAGAAGAACAGAAUCCAGGUCUCCAACACCAAGAAACCCCUUUUCUUCUACCUUAAUCUUGCCAAGAAGUACAUUAAGAUUUACAAUGAUGUUGAGCUCUCAGCCCUGGGCAUGGCUAUUCCUACUGUUGUCACAAUUGCUGAGAUUCUGAAAAGCAAUGGACUGGCAACUGAGAAACAGGUGCUGACAUCUACGGUUAGCUCAAAGGAUGAUGUGAAUGGACGCUUGGUUCAGAAGGCCAAGAUUGAAAUUUUGUUGGGGAAGAAUGUGAAUCAAGACAAUCUGACAACAACUGUUGCAACCAAAACUGAGACAGCUGCUGAUGAUAGCAAGGAAUGAUGAAACAGCAUGAGGGCAAUCUACAACUGCCUCUAUGUUUGUAUAUCCUUUUUCUUCUUCAAACAUAGGGUAGAUACCUAGCUACUAACAUGUUGUGGAGUUGCAAGUGUAGUUGGGAUUGCAUCUUAUAGUUUUUCGUUUAUUUUCUUUUCCUUUUAUAGGUGUCAUUGAGAUGAAAACAACUCUUGCUGUUUUUUUUUUUAUUCUUUUUUUUGGGCGAUGCACCAUUUCAUUUACCUUCAACAAAAUAAGUCAUUCUUUUUUC